CCGGCAACGUCUCCGAGCCGUUCCCCCGGCAACGUCUCCGAGCCGUUCCCCCGGCAACGCUCUGCAGGCGCAGUCCCGGCCGCCAUGGAUUCGCUGUCGGGCGCUGGGCCUCGUCGGGCUCGCGGCCGCUUGGGCGAGGCGUCCCCUGGAGCGCGGGCUGCGGCGGCGCCCUGGGCGCGCUUCUCGGCCUGGCUGGAGUGCGUGUGCGUGGUCACCUUCGACCUGGAGCUAGGCCAGGCGCUGGAGCUGGUGUACCCCAGUGACUUCCGGCUCACGGACAAGGAGAAAAGCAGCAUCUGCUACCUGUCUUUUCCCGACUCCCACUCAGGCUGCCUCGGAGACACUCAGUUCAGCUUCCGCAUCCGGCAGUGUGGUGGGCAGAGGAGCCCCUGGCAUGCGGAAGACAGACAUUACAACAGUGGGGCUCCCGUGUCCUUGCAAAGGGAGCCGGCACACUACUUUGGUUAUGUGUACUUCAGGCAGGUGAAGGACAGCUCCGUGAAGAGGGGCUACUUCCAGAAGUCUCUGGUGCUGGUAUCCCGCCUGCCCUUCGUCCGGCUGUUCCAGGCGCUGCUGGGCCUCAUUGCCCCUGAGUACUUCGACAGGCUGGCACCGUGCCUGGAAGCGGUGUGCAGUGAGAUUGACCAGUGGCCCGCCCCCACGCCUGGGCAGACCCUGAAGCUGCCUGUCAUGGGAGUAGUCCUCCAGGUUCGCAUCCCGUCCAGGGUGGACAAGCCAGAAUACAGUCCUCCGAAGCAGUGCAGCCAUGAGAGUCUGCUGCCCACCCCAGUGGUCCUUGCCAGUGUCCACGAACUGGACCUGUUCAGGUGUUUCCAGCCAGUGCUGACCCACGUGCAGACUCUGUGGGAGCUCAUGCUCCUGGGGGAGCCCCUGCUGGUCCUGGCGCCCUCACCCGCCAUGGCCUCCGACCUGGUGCUGGCUCUGAUCAGCUGCCUGCAGCCCCUCAAGUUCUGCUGUGACUACCGCCCCUAUUUCACCAUCCAUGACAGCGAGUUCAAGGAGUUCACCACACGCACACAGGCCCCACCAAACGUGGUCCUGGGAGUCACAAACCCUUUCUUUAUCAAAACACUCCAGCACUGGCCCCACAUCCUCCGUGUUGGAGAGCCCAAGAUGUCAGGGGAUCUUCCUAAGCAGGUCAAGCUGAAAAAGCCCUCUAGGCUGAAGACCCUGGACACCAAGCCAGGCCUCUACACGGCUUACUCCGCCCACCUCCACCGAGACAAGGCGCUGCUGAAGCGGCUGCUCAAGGGCCUGCAGAAGAAGAGGCCGUGGGACACACAGACAGCAUCGCUGAGGCGGCACCUCCUGGAGCUCACCCACAGCUUCAUCAUCCCCCUGGAGCACUACAUGGCCAGCCUCAUGCCCCUGAAGAAGAGCAUCACACCUUGGAAGACUCCUCCCCAGAUCCGCCCCUUCCGCCAGGAUGACUUCCUGCGCAGCCUGGAGCACGCAGGGCCCCAGCUCACCUGCAUUCUCAAGGGCGACUGGCUGGGCCUGUACAGGCGGUUUUUCAAGUCCCCCCACUUUGAUGGCUGGUACCGGCAGCGGCACAGAGAGAUGGCCCAUAAGCUGGAGGCCUUGCACCUUGAAGCUAUCUGUGAGGCGCAGAACAUUGAGACCUGGAUGAAGGACAAGUCUGAAGUGGAGGUCGUGGACCUAGUCCUGAAGCUUCGGGAGAAGCUGGUGCAGGCACAAGGCCACCAGCUCCCGGUGAAGGAGGCGACGCUUCAGCGGGCACAGCUGUACAUCGAGACAGCCAUCGGCUCUUUGCCCAAGGACCUGCAGGCUGUCCUGUGCCCCCCCUAGGACAGAGCCAAAGGGCAAGGUCCAGGGAUCUGGGUCUGGCCCAGCUUUCUUAUCCUCAGUGAGAGGUGGUCCCAACCAAGCGCGAGCUCCCUGCCGCUGCUCCCCAGCCUUGGCCUCCUGUCAGCACCACUGUUGUUCCAGCAGUAAAGGUGGCAUUUGGAACCACAGCCUGGCCCCUGACUAUUGGCGGAUCACAUGCUGGCCAGAGCCUCACCUCCCCCUGGGUCCCACCUGCCCUCUGCAGGGCCUGAGGGCUGGGAGGCGGAGCUGGCUGGGAGCCCUCACUGCUCUGGGCACAUGGCUACCCGCCCCCUGUGGUGCCCACCUGCCCAAGCCCUGCAGGCCCUGUCCUCCAGCCCCACCAGGCUGCCCAGCCCGAGACGGAAGGAGGCAGCUGUUAGGCAGACCCCUCUUCUCAUGCAGCCACCCACCCAUCCUGUGGGGGAGGGGGGUACCUCGCUGUGGUCACUGGCUUGGGAUGGGCAAAGGCCUGUUUGCAGGGGUGGAGCUCUGCCCUGUAGUUUGCUGGGAGGCUGCCAGGGGGGUCUGGGGCAUCAUCCUGGAUAUCACUCUUGGCAUACCCGACUGGGCACCCUCUCUGCUCCGCCCAGUGCUGCUUCCUGGCUGACAGGCCCUCGAGCUAUGUCCCCUGUGUCCAUCCACCCCCACGUGCAGCAGGAGGGGUCCUGGACUCAAGCCUCACCGGGUCCUCUCGGCCAGAGCCCUGCUGCCACAGCCUCGGAGCACCAGGCUGCUUGGCAAGGCACAGAAGGCCCAGAGGUGCGCCAUGGUAGAGUGCCGGGCCCGGCGCUGCCCUGGCUUAGCGCAGGUGACGGUGCUGUCGGCCAGCGGGUGGGUGGGCGUGAGGUGUGGACCGAGCGCCGUGGGCCGUCAGGUAAGUCUCCCGACCUCCCGACUUCAUCCAAGAGGUGAGGCUGUGUGGGCGCCUGGCUGGUCUUGGCCACCUCCCUGCACGGUGAGUGGGCGUGGGCUGGGCGAGCUGUUCCCCUUCCGCGUGCCUGUAGAUCCGAGUACUCACUGACCACUGCGCCCCUUCUGUGCUGGGCUUGGCAGAGUCACCAGAUGACAGUGGCCGCUGGUCUCAGAAAUGUUGGUGUCGACUUGUGCAGCCCUGACUGGCCUAGGACAGCCUGUCACUGCCGCCAUUCUGCAGGCAGCUGAGCCCAGUCUGGCACAGGGUCCAAGGACACGGCUGUGAAUUAGGCAGAACGGAAUAGAGCCGGGCGGAGGCGCAGAUCCACUUUUGCAGGACUGGGCUGGAGCUGCGGGUCAGAGGCCCUACACUGGCCCCAAAUGCCACUCUGGCCUCCCUGCCCUGGCUGUCAGCCUGGAGGGGAAGCCUCCUUAUCCAGGAUGUGGUGUUCAAGGGGGUCUGCAAAGACACCAACACCUUCUUUGUGACUGGCUCUCUAGUGUGCCAGCUAGGGACAGGGCCAGUCCUGGGCCUGGGCCCCCAGAGGGCCAUGGCUUCAAGGUAUGUGGGUGGCUUGGGAAGUUGACCUGGGCCCCUCUCUCGGCUGUGACCCCAACUGUGAGGGGUAUGCUCCAAGCAUCACUCUAGCUUGUGCUUGCCACGCUGUGGGCCGGGGAAGCACAGGCUGCAGGGAAGGGGCUGGGAGGGGCCUUCUCCAAACCCCCAGUGACCUCCCGGAUGGCCCAACCAGGUUCUCCCAAUUCCCUGAGCCCUCCUGUGUGGUGGAGGCCCCGUGGCUGUCCCUCAUAGUUCAUCCCAAGGACCACUGUGGGCAGGAGCUCGGCGGAGGGACUCCCGGAAGGCUGGGCGAUGCAGCCCAGGGCGGAGAGUCCAAGGCUGAAGUGUGGAGGUGUGAGGACGCAUCUCUCCUGGAGCCACGAAGGGGGUCCCUCUUCCUUGUAGCCUGACCUCUGGGCACAGUACAGCCUUGGUGGGGGGGGGGUCUCUGGGGUGUUUUGGUUGGUCAGCGAGGGCUCUUGAGGUUGGAAGGCUGUGUGUGGUGGCUGUGGGGACGCCAGUCAGCCACACCAGGGACAGGAAGGACGGUCAUCACCCCCCAGCUUCCUGUGCUUUAUUUAAAGAUUCCCUUUUAGUCUGGGAUAGUGGCCUUCCCACAUUUUUGGUAUUAAAAUGUUCUUCUGUGA